UUUUGUCAAUUUAUAUUCUCCUAAUACUUUAGUAAUUCUUAAGAUUUAAUUUUUGAGAUUUAAAAUUCGAAAUAAAUUUUUGAAACUUUCAAGUUUGUCAUUAAAAAAAAUGUAAUAAUUAUUUUACCAACUAUUGAUAAAUAACCGACACCUCAUACUCGAUUGAUCAAUCAAAAUUAGUGUUUUUAUCGACAAAAUCUCACGAUGAAUUUGUCAACCGUUGGUAUUUUAUAAAUCAAAUUGUGUAGUUCAGUUUCAGUGUAAUUCGUAAGAUACGAUAAGCUCGGAAAUCUUGGAACAACGUUCGACCGUGUUCGACAUUAGUGGUAUAUAUCUGCUUAAAAAUGAGUUUGUGGGUUGACAAAUAUCGUCCAACGACACUUGCAAAGUUGGAUUAUCAUCUCGAGCAAGCGGAGGAUUUGAAAAACAUGGUGCAGAAACGAGACUUUCCACAUUUAUUAGUACAUGGACCCUCUGGUGCAGGAAAGAAAACUCGAAUAUUAUGUAUUUUAAGAGAACUUUAUGGAGCUGGGGCUGAGAGAUUAAAAAUAGAAAACAUGCAGUUUCAAACACCAUCUAAUAAGAAAUUAGAAAUAUUGACAAUAAGCAGUAAUUACCACACAGAAGUAAAUCCGAGCGAUGCAGGGAUAUAUGAUAGAAUUGUUGUCAUGGAAUUAAUAAAAGCGACUGCACAAACACAUCAUAUAGAUAUAGGCCAGAAGGAAUUUAAAGUGGUACUGCUGUCAAACGUGGAUCAGCUUACAAAAGAUGCACAGCACGCGCUUCGCAGGACAAUGGAGAAAUAUAUCAAUACAUGCAGACUGAUUCUGUGCGCGAACUCGACAUCGCGAGUCUUGCCUGCGAUUCGAUCGCGAUGCGUGCGAAUCAGAGUCCCCGCCCCAACUUCCUCUGAGAUCAAAAGUAUUUUACAUUCGAUUUGUAAACGUGAAGGACUUACUCUACCUGAUGAAUUAGCUAAUCGAUUGAUCGAAGCUAGCGAUAGAAAUCUUCGACGAGCAAUACUAAUGCUCGAGGCUUGCAAAGUCGAGCAAUAUCCAUUUACUGCUGAUCAAAAGAUAUCGGAACCGGAUUGGCAAGUUUACAUACGAACUACAGCCAGUAAGAUGGUCUCGGAACAGUCGCCUAAAGUACUUUUGGAAGUACGCAACAGAUUUUAUGAUCUGUUGACGCGCUCUAUACCGUGUGAUCUAAUCUUCAGAGGAUUAUUGCAAGAGUGCAUAAAAAAUUGUGACGAUCAGAUGAAAAGAGAAAUUAUCGAUGUCGCAUCGGAGUAUCAGCAUAGAAUGAUACGCGGCUCAAAACCUAUAUUUCAUUUGGAGGCUUUUGCUGCGCGGUUUAUGGCGAUUUACAAGAGAUACAUUGAAUCAUCUUUGGAUGGUUUUAUAUAAAACUAUUGAUGUAAAAUUCCUUUAUAUAUAUAUAUUUUUAUAUUCUGAUAGAAUUAUCAUGAUAUUAUAAUGAAUUUUUAUCUAAAUACUUUUUUCUAAGCAUCUAAAUAAUGUAACUGUACUAAGUACUUAUUCAAUUCUAAAUUAAGUGGAAUAUGAAAAAACAAAUGCAUAUUAGUUUUAAUAAAUUAUUUUUCCUG